AUGAUGAAUUUGUGGAAGUUAAUAAUUGUAAUACUUUUCCUUAAAUCGAAUGACAACGUAUGUGAAGCUAUUUGUACCCAUAUAAUAAACGAAACACUCUGCUUAGAUGUUGCAGUAUGUUCACAAAACGUUGAUGUUGGAAACUACUAUGCAGUGAAUGUGUAUUACAAUGGUUAUUAUAGAAAUCGAUGUAAUUCAAUUUCAAUUGACGGUCGGAACGCCUUGGAUAUGUCACUAACUUAUUCAGAACAUGGAUCUGACGGGAAUUCAUACACUCCUGUGGUAUAUAAUAGCAGGAUUUUAGACAAAAUUAAAAUUCUCAACAUUAGCUAUAAUAAGUAUGAAUCAUUUCCGAUGUUAGCAGGAAUGAAAAAUUUGGUAAAUGUAGAUGUAUCCCACAAUGAGCUUACUUCCGCUAAAUUAAGUUCUCGUUUCAAUUUUUUACUUUUGAAUGAAAUGGAUCUCUCUUACAAUUUAAUUCAAGAUAUCGAAAUUAAUAAUGCAGAAUAUGUGUUCUCUAACUUAUCCAGACUAAAUAUGUCUCAUAAUAGCAUUGCCCAAUUACAGGACACAGUUUUUUCUGACUUUGGUCAUUUACAUUACUUAGAUUUGUCAUAUAAUAACCUGGACGCACUAAAUACAGUUACUUUUGAAGGCCUUAAAAAUCUACUAUAUUUGAAUUUAGAACAUAAUAAAAUAACAAAAAUUGGUUUAUCAUUGUUUAGAUGUACUCAACUUCAAUAUCUAUAUUUUAAUAACAACGAAAUAAAGACACUUCUGCAUAAAGAUUUUAAUAAAUUGCUUCAACUAAAAGAAUUAUACUUGAGCCAUAAUGCUAUCACCUUCAUAGAAAACACUACUUUUGAUAAUACGGGGCAGCUGUCAAUCAUAGAUUUAAAUCACAAUGAGUUAAAAACUUUAGAACAAAACUUAUUCAAAGAUACUGCAUUAACGGAAAUUGAUUUAUCAGCAAAUAAUUUACAAAGUUUACCAAAAUAUAUUUUUAAAGACAAAAAUAUAACGUACUUUGACUUGAGGGAAAAUAACUUGGAGAAUGAGUUAUCUAAAGGCGUUUUUGAAGGCCUAUCUGGCAUCCUCGAUUUAGAUUUGAGUUACCAAAGCAUAGCAUCUCUUCACGAUUUUGCUUUUUAUGGUCUUAAAAAUGUAGAGAUUCUUACGUUGAAUAAUAAUGUUAUACGCAGUAUAUCCGAAAAAUCAUUUCAUUCCUUAGACACUCUGCAACGUCUAGAUUUAUCAAACAACCAGAUAACUGCUUUGAAUUUUGAUAUAAACGGUCUUGUUAACUUAGAGCACUUCUCGAUAACAUCAAAUGUAAUCAAUUCAGUUUCACAAUUUUUCUUCAAAGGAACAGAAAAAUUAAUUAAUUUAGACAUUUCCUAUAACAAUAUAUCGAAUAUAAUACCACAUACUUUUAACAAAAUGUCAUACCUGGAAAAGUUAGAUAUAAGCCAUAACAAUUUAUCAAAUGUUUUAGAUGCAUAUGCAUUUGAAGGAUUACGGGCCAUACCAAUUCUAGAUAUUUCUUUUAGUUAUGUUACUGUAAUUAAAAAUAAUUCAUUUGAUCAUAUGACUAGCCUUCAUACUCUUAAUAUUUCGCACAGUACUGUGAAAGAGAUUAGUUAUAAUAGCUUUGAUAAUACAGGGAAACUGCAAAUCAUUGAUUUAUCUCACAAUUUACUCACAGCAUUUCAUGUUAAUAUAAAAAGUUUAAAUAAUAUAAGAAUACUAAAUCUCGGCCAUAAUUUAAUUACUAUUUUGUCACCCAUUUCAGGUCUUAGCAUGUUAACUAAUAUAAAUUUGUCUUAUAAUAAUUUAACAAUGAUAAAUGAUGAUACUUUAUGUAACUUAAAUGAACUGUCAUAUCUUGAUUUAUCUUACAAUAAUCAUCUGAAAGCCAAUUUAACACUGAUAAAUAUCCAAAACAUCAAAAAUCUUUUAAUACCAGGUAUAUCAAGAACAAUUAAAUUUCACCUAAGUAUACCAUUAAUGUUUUUGGAUAUGUCAAAAUUAAACAUAACAAAUGUAUCGUCGUUGGGAAUAACUCAUCUGUAUAACUUACAAAUUCUAGUGUUGAGCAAUAAUAAUAUUCAAAAGUUAGAAAUGGGAGCAUUUACAAAUUUAACACAGCUUGAAACAUUAGACUUAAGUUUCAACGGAUUAAGGUAUAUACAGCCAGGUGUGUUUAAAGAUAACAGCUAUUUGAAAACUCUUAACAUUUCUCAUAAUCAGUUAAUAUCCGUAAACUAUGGUAUAUUUCAGGGAUUAGUAAGUUUAAAUGUCCUCGAUCUUUCAUACAAUGAGUUAGAAGAAUUACAAAGUGAACGUUUUUAUGAUAUACAAACUUUGCGGAGUUUGAUAGUUGAUUUUAAUCAUAUUUCUAGAAUUGGGCUUGAAGAAUUUUCACUUUACCUCUCGUUUUUAAGUAUUGGCGGUAAUCCUAUUUCUUGUAACGAUUUAAUGAAAUUCAAAAAUAAGUAUAAAAAUACAAAAGUAAGUGCUUUAAAAUUGGCUGAAGAAAGUGAUAAUAUUAUUGAUGGUGUGGCAUGUUCUGGUCGUAUUAUACAUAAAAACCAUCAAAAUAAAGAAAAUAUAAAUACAAACGAUAAUAUCCUUACUGAAAUACGUGAUGUUUUGAUAAGUAUGUCUUCAAAACGGGCUAGUGAUAGCGUUGCCACUGAAUCUGAUAUGGCAAAAAAUUUACAUUCGACAAAGUUGGAUAUGAUUAUUGACUCUUUUAAGGAGACCAAAACUACAUUGCAAAACUUAAGUCACGCUCUUAAUGUAAGCAGUGUAUUAAUGACAGCGUAUCUAAAUAUCACUAGAUAUGAAUCCUUUAAUAAUCUUAGUAACAAUAACUUAACAAACACUUUGCUAGAUAAAAUCUUGCAGGUUUUAGCUACAAAAAACUCUUCUAUAUCAGAAGUUCAUCAAAGUAUAAAUGAGAAAAGUACAACCGAUAAUUUACCAUAUAUCAAUAAACUGAAACAGGAAAUCGAACAUUCAUUUAUGAUUCAGAAAGAAAAUAUUCUUUCCGAAAUUAACGACAAGAUAUCCCUCAUGAGUAAGAAAGUAGAAAGUGUUUCCUCACCAAAACCUUUAAGUGAAAAAGUUGUGCAAGACUCCAAAUUAAAAACACGUUUAUUGUAUACAGAGAUCUCUACAUCCCUUAUACUUGUCAUUGUCUUAUCAUUCAUAGUUUAUAAAAUAUAUAUGCGUGUGUCUUCACGGCGGAGGUCAAUAAGCACUCAGCAGAUUAGUAACGUUAUGGAGAGCUCUAACUUAUAA